CUUGGAUUCGGAGGAGGCGUAUUUGACAUGCAUUUCCAUCAUCACCUCUUUGGCUUUCCUACCAAAAAUGUCUUCUGUGAAGAGCGGGAGAAAGGCAAACGCUGAAGAGGCCUCAACUGAUGUGGCAGAAGGAUCAUCUGAUGCACAAGCCGUAAACAAGAAUAAACGAUUCAGAAAGGAGAAACCAUGGGACACAGAUGAUAUUAAUCAUUGGGAAGUGGUAAAGAUUGGUCAAGAGGACAAUGUGAAACCAUUCACAGAAGAAAGUUCUUUCGCUACUUUGUUUCCUAAAUAUCGUGAAGGAUACUUGAAAUCCAUUUGGGAAUUGGUGACAAAGGCAUUGGAGAAGCAUGGAAUUGGAUGUACACUGGAUUUGGUAGAAGGAAGUAUGACUGUACGUACCACACGUAAAGCAUACGAUCCAUAUAUCGUCUUCAAAGCACGCGAUAUGAUCAAAUUGCUCAGCAGAAGUGUUCCUUACAAUCAAGCUGUUCGCAUCUUGGAGGAUGAUGUGACCAGUGAUGUGAUCAAGAUUGGUGGGUUAGUGCGUAAUAAGGAACGAUUUGUCAAAAGAAGACAAAGAAUUAUCGGUCCCAAUGGAAGUACCCUGAAAGCAAUCGAACUUCUUACAGGCUGCUAUGUUUUGGUUCAAGGAAAUACAGUCAGCUGUAUGGGAGGCUAUAAAGGAUUGAAGGAAGUACGACGGAUCAUCAUCGAUUGCAUGAAGAACAUUCAUCCGAUCUAUCAUAUCAAAGAAUUAAUGAUCAAACGAGAACUGGCCAAAGAUCCAGCAUUGGCAGAAGAGAACUGGGAAAGAUUCUUGCCCAAAUUCAAGAAACGUAACAUCAAGAGCAAGAAGCCGACUGUCGAUACAAAUGCUACUUCUGGAGCAAAUGCAACCCCACUUGCCAGCGACGCAGCCAACACAGCCGAGGAGAAGAAGCAAAAACCAAAGAAGAAAGUCUACACUCCUUUCCCACCUGCACAACAACCUAGUAAGAUUGAUCUGCAAAUCGAAAGUGGUGAAUAUUUCCUCAAACCACGUGAAAAGAAGGCAAAAGAGAUUCAAGAACGUGAACAAAGACAAGAAGAACAUAAAGUUCGAAAGGAUAAAGAACGUGAACAAGCUUAUGUUGCACCCAAGGAAGAUGGAGAGAAGGAGUCCAAAAAGAAGCGUAAGCGUGAUGCAGCCGCUGAAGAUGGUGAUACAAGCACUGGCAAGAAGGAGAAAAAGGACAAGAAAGACAAGAAGGAGAAGAAAGAUAAGAAGUCAUCCAAAGAAUGAUUGCCAUUGCUUUGUCAGACAAGGUAUCGCAAUCGUCGUGUACAAAUUGUAUUAUAAAUUCCAUCAUAUAUCAAAUUCAGUUUUCAGAGCGA